GCUACAGGAAGCGCACCCAGAGCGUAACGUUUAAUUUAUGAUCUGAGAGAUGAACAACCCGAAAACCUCAGGAGGGCUAUGGAGCUGUGCACGACCCCACACGUACAGCCAGAAGACACAGGAGCUGCUCAAAUUGAUGAUGCAGGAGUCAUAUCUUGCCAAUGGUCAGAAAAGGCAGAUCCGUGAAUGCCUCAAAAAUGGACUACCUUUACACAUGGUCUGUGCCUCAAAUCCACCCCCUCCUCCUCCUCAGUCCAAACCAACCCAACCUACUUCACGUCGACUUCCAAACAAACCACAAAAACGCAGUGCUGACCAAUGCAAAGCAGGAGACAGCUACGUCAGGGAGAAGUUCAGGCCUGGUCCAACCCGAGACCAUGAGAAGGAGAAACGGCGUCUUCAAAAAAUCCUGGAGAUGGGAAAAGAUGAGCCUAAAGUCACAAUAAAACAACAACCACCAAUCGCAGAAGCCCCAGAACAAAAGGACCGUAGUCAUGAAAUCCUGGAGGAGAUUGAAGAAAGAUGUCAGUUUCUGGAAGACAUGGCAUCUCUUGGUCAAGAGCAGCAGUAUGUCAACGUAAUCAACACUGAAAUAUCACAGAGAAUCAGAGAACUUGAGCUGCUUAACAAGUCCAGCAGUGAAACAUCCGAGAGAGGAUAAUCAGAGAGGAAGAUCGCGAGAAAGGAAAAAUAGCCCUAAAAUAUACUGUCUUUUGCAGGUGGACUAGUGUAAGUCUUUUGUGUGAUGUUGAACCAUAAACUUUAAAAUGCAAUUUGUAAGUAAAAUUCAAUGGUUCUGCUCAUUGCUGAGAAAAUAAUUCACCAAGAUGUGUUUGAAAACAUAUACUCCAACACUAACUCAUUAAGUCAGAGAACUAGAACUGCUUAACAAGUCCAACAGUCCAACACUGGAGGGAAGAUCGUCAGAGAGGAAGGUCAAAAAUAUAUUCUCCAGCCUGUAACUCAUUUAUGUAUGGAACAAAAUAGCAACAGCAGUGGCAAUGCACCAAAUAUGGAUGUCUUCUGUUUGGGACACACAGAC